CUCAUCGUCAAGCUCCAGCACAUUCAAUGCUGAUUCCCAACCACCGUCGGAGCUAGUGUUCUGUGAUAUCUCGGUUCCGAUCAUUGGAAACGAGACUAUUCCCUUCUCCUUUGAAACCCAAAAAUUGAAGAGACGUCAGGCAUCAUGGACCUUUUCUCCAACGACGCCAACUAUCCCUCCUUUCUCACCGUUGGAAAGAAACCUCUUGUAUGUGUUUUGGGGUGCCCAACCACAUGACACAUGCAGACUCUUGCCAGUUUUGUGCGUCUUUCAUCCAUCAUAUAUUGGAGAUGAGAAUUGUCAGGAAUGAUGGAAUGGAGGACCAGUAUAAUAUUUUGAUAUGAUUUGACAAUCAAGACUCUGCAGAUAAAUUCUACCAGCAUUUUAAUGGAAAACAGUUUAAUUCACUUGAGGAAGAUCUCUGCCAAAUGCUUUUUACAGUGGAUGUUCGGUUCAAUGGUUAUAGUGCCUCUCUUGAUCAUGCAUAGUCUCCCCUUGCAAGCUCAACCGUAUGGCCUUCAUGUCCAGUUUGUCUUGAGAGAUUGGACCAGGACGCGAGUGGAAUCCUCGCAACUGUUUGCAAUCAUUCUUUCCACUGCUCUUGUAUUUCAAAAUUGGCAAAUUCUUCUUGUCCUGUAAGUGAUUCUGAUUGUUUUUGCUCCACACAUUAUCUGGUCAUGUGCUGACAAGCAUGAUAUGCUUUUGCGAGAGUAAUUGUACUGUCAAAUUCCAUUUAGAGAUGAGUUGUUGGGAUUGUAUUUACAAGUUAUUCUGAAUUAUUGUAUUAUGUUUGCUGAUAUUGCCACCAGCAGCCAGAAAAGUCAACAUUUUUUUAAGUCAAACUUCUGAGAAUCUUGGGAUGUGUGUCAUAUGUGGUUUUGUUGGCUGUGGAAGGUAAUAGUUUUCCUUUCCUCCCAAAAGUUGUUUCUUUGUCUUUAUGUUUAUUAGGUGUACGUGCCGUCUGUUAUUUAAAAAAAAAACAAUGGAUGUAGGUAUAAAGGAGGUCAUGCUAUAAUACAUUGGAAAGAAACACAACACUGCUAUUUUCUUGAAUUGGAAACACAGCGUGUCUGGGAUUAUGUUGGUGAUAAUUAUGUUCAUAGAUUAAUUCAAUCCAAAACUGAUGGAAUGCUAGUUGAGUUGGAUGCACAUUGUCAGCAUGUUAAUGAUGGUUGUGGAAGAUGCAAAUGUGAUGAUUAUGGAAUUAGUGAGGCCAUUCUAAACAGAAAAGUUGAAGCUAUUGUUAAUGAAUACAAUGAAUUACUUGCCACUCAACUUGAGAACCAAAAAUUAUAUUUUGAGACUUUGCUGCAAGAAGUCCAAGAAGAAACUGAGAGGGAAGUUUCUGGAGCUGUUCAGAGGGCUGUCACUCAAAAACUACUGAAGUUGCAGGCCAAACUGGAUAGAUGUGUGAAGGAGAAGAAAUUUCUUCAUGAUAUAAGUACUAUGGUAAGUUCUACUCAUCCUUAAGCUUGUAAAACAUGUUGCAUGCUAAUGAUCUCACAGGCAACACAUUUUCAUACUGCAACCAGGUAAACCCCUAGUAUUUAUACAGAUUGUUAGUCAUUAAAAUCUACUAUCUUUCCUUUAAUCACAGAUUUAGGAAGUAACAAACACUUACCUUUGCUGUACACAAAAACUGAUCUUGAAGAACUCCUAUAGCUUCUUCAAUUUCCUGUGUUCUGCUGCCCAGCAGAACUUCCCACCUUUUCUUUUCCUCUAUCAGCUGAAGAGCACAUGCAAAAAUGAUGGCAAUCAUAGAAGCAGGGAAUGCAGUGGAGCAUAUGCCAAUCUCUGAUGAAUUAAGGAUGCAACGGCCUUGCCAGUAUUCCCUGGGUCUUCUUCAAGAAAGGAGAUAAAGGGUCUAAUAAGUCAAAGAACCUGGUAGGAAUGGAUGAUGGAUUAUUCUCUCUCUCUCUUUCUCUCUCUCUCUCUCUCUCUCUCUCUCUCUCUCUAUAUAUAUACAUAUAUAUAUAUUCCUUUUUCCUCUUUUUUUUUCUUCUCCCUUGAUAGUUGGGGGGUUCUUAUGGAUCAGAGCCAAUGUUAUUGUAGUUAUAGGGACAUAAUUACGUUGAAUUCUCAGUAAAUUUUGAAGAUUACCUGGGGAGCACCCGUUUUUUUUCCAAUUUAUCCCUGGAAAAGUGCUUAUACAAUUUAGGAGAGGGAUUUAGAAGUAAGGAAUCCUGGACAUAUACUAUUUGUCCAGAAUUAUUGUAUCCUCCUUUCUUAUAUCCAAUUAUACUGGGAAAAUGGAAUGUUUGAGAACAUGAUUUUUAUAAAGUGUAUUUGAAUUU